UAGUAUCAUGCGUUGGGGCUGCUUUACCACCUCAGGAAGAAUGAUCGCCUUGCAGUUUCCAAGAUGCUGAAUAAAUUCACCAAAUCUGGACUGAAAUCUCAAUUUGCAUACUGCAUGCUGAUCCGAAUUGCCAGUCGGCUUCUGAAAGAGUCUGAAGAGGGGCACGAAAGUCCAUUGUUUGACUUCAUUGAGAGCUGUCUGCGAAAUAAACAUGAGAUGGUUAUUUACGAAGCUGCCUCUGCAAUCAUCCAUCUUCCAAACUGCACACCAAGGGAGCUGGCUCCAGCUGUGUCAGUGUUGCAGCUCUUCUGUAGUUCUCCCAAACCUGUCUUGAGAUAUGCAGCUGUAAGGACCCUUAACAAGGUGGCCAUGAAGCACCCAUCCGCAGUAACUGCCUGCAACCUGGACCUGGAAAACCUGAUUACUGACUCAAACCGCAGCAUCGCUACUCUGGCCAUCACCACACUCCUGAAAACAGGGAGCGAGAGCAGCGUAGACAGGCUCAUGAAACAGAUCUCCUCCUUUGUGUCAGAAAUAUCAGAUGAGUUUAAGGUGGUGGUAGUGCAGGCCAUCAGUGCUCUGUGCCAGAAAUACCCACGGAAACACACUGUAAUGAUGACCUUCCUCUCCAACAUGCUCAGGGAUGAUGGUGGCUUUGAGUACAAGCGAGCCAUUGUGGACUGUAUAAUCAGCAUUAUCGAGGAGAAUCCUGAGAGUAAGGAAUCGGGCUUGGCUCACCUCUGUGAGUUCAUUGAAGAUUGUGAACACACUGUUCUAGCCACAAAGAUACUCCACCUGUUGGGCAAAGAAGGGCCAAGGACCCCAUCUCCAUCCAAGUACAUCCGCUUCAUCUUCAACAGGGUAGUUCUGGAGAACGAAGCAGUGAGAGCUG